AUGGUGGAAAAGGGGGAGAAUUUUGCAAAAUUCCCAUACCACCCUCUCUUUAGGACUGGUGAUAUACUUGCUUUGGGUCCAGUUGUUUUAACUCCACAUUCUUCUACUGUAGCAAUGGAUGCUGUGAAGAGGUUGGCUGAGGCAAACCCCGUGGUGAUCUUCAGCAAAAGCUCUUGUUCCAUGACAGACUACGUUGGGACACUGAUACGCAAUUUUGGGGCAAACACUACAGUUUAUGAGCUCGAUGGAUUCCAAAAUGGACAGCAAAUGGAGAGGGCACUGCUGACAUUAGGAUGUAACCCGAGUGUACCUGCGGUGUUUAUAGGGAAUGAAUUGGUUGGUGGUGCUAAGGAGAUCACCAGCCUCAAUGUCAGGGGAAAGCUUAAACAACGGCUCAUAGACGCUGGUGCAAUAUGGGUUUAGAAUGCAAUACAUAAGAUCCAACUAUAAUACUAUGUCAGUCCAAUUAUGAGUACUGUUUUGCUUCGGUACUAAAAGAAAAUAGGCAUGGUAUAAGUAGUUAUUGAGCCUCUUUGUGUAAUAAGUUCCACG